AUGUCUCCUUCUCCAGAACAAGAUGGGGAUGCGCUUCUUGACGCAGCCACUGCAAUUCCUUCCGCUGGUCUCCAAGCGAGCAAGAAAAAACGUUCAAAUUCGGAGGUGACAGAGUACCCUCGGCGACGUGCUACAAUAGCUAUAUGUCGCCUCCGAAAAACAAGAUGCAAUGGUGCACGGCCAAGAUGUCAGCUAUGCACCGACCUCGACGUAGACUGCAUCUACAGAGAGCCCGGCAUUAAACUCGAUGCAGGGGACAAGCUGAUCAUUGAAAGACUGAACAGAAUCGAAGGAUUAUUGCAAUCUAGUCUAACCGGCCAGCCGGUUUCAUUUCCCUUGUCCACAAACUCGCCUACGACCAGCAAUGAUACCCAUAGCGACGAUGUCAUGGGAAAGACGUCAAACCCCGUUGCCAUGCCAGGAAGGAUAUCUGUAGUUGGGCUCGGGUCUUGGGCUAAUCCACCUACAAGUAUAUCCACGAUGCCCAAAUUACAUACUACGCCUGCGCUGCACCUUUUGCAGUGGCCGCUGAUCCGAGACCUGGUCUCAGGUCCAUAUGAUCCUCAUACCUUGUUACAGCUUGAAAUGGCCCGUGAGCCGCUGCGAACGACCACCCUUAUGGAGUUCGACAUGUCGAAUGCUAGCCUUUAUGUUCAGAUAUUCUUCGAGCGAGUUAAUGUAUGGUAUGCCUGUGUCAAUCCCCAUACGUGGACUCAGUACUACAGUGCCGCUGUCUCGACCAGAUUUCGCGAAGGACCUGAAAGUUGCAUUGUUCUGCUGGUAUUAGCUCUUGGUUGUGCCGGCCAACGUGGUAGUAUCUCAUGCAUUUCUCAAAAUGAAGAUGCCCCCGGUCUCUCAUAUUUUGCAGCGGCAUGGAGCCUUCUACCAUCCGUCAUGAUGCGCAACUCGGUACUUGCCGCACAGUGCAUAAUUCUUACCUCCGCUUACCUAUUCUACUUGGUCCGGCCCCUGGAAGCCUGGGCUCUACUUUCAAAUGCUAGUAUGAAAUUGCAGUUGCUAUUUGGCAAUCCCUCGCGCGUUCCUUCACAAUGGAGAGAACUGAGUGUCAGGGUUUACUGGAACGCGCUUCUAUACGAGAGUGACCUACUAGCAGAGCUGGACUUGCCACACUCGGGCAUUGUGCACUUUGAAGAGCUUGUCGAUCUCCCGGGUGGAUUCGAGGAGGAAGAGGAGGAGGAAGAGGAGGAGGAGGAAAUAGACGGCGAACGCCAAGGGAGUGAAGAUGGUAGUCGGUCUGUAGGUCGUGAUGAGCUCUGGUACUUCCUAGCAGAGAUUGCCUUGAGACGCCUGCUCAACCGAGUGAGCCAUAUGAUUUACCAGAAGGACAAUUCUCUCACCCUGGGCUCGCUUGGACCAAUAGUCUCGGAGCUAGAUUUCCAACUCUCACAGUGGUAUGAAAACCUGCCUCAGCCACUUCAAUUCCCCCUUUCUCACACACCUGUUUCCAACCCGGUUCAAACUGUUCUCAGGCUGCGAUAUUAUGCAUGUCGUACAAUUAUCUACCGACCCUACAUCUUGGCUGUUUUCGAAAACGAGCAGGCAUCUGCGGACCCAGGAGUGAGAGAGUGUUGUCGACGAUGCUUGGAGGCUACCUUACGCCAGCUCGAAAAUAUUACAAGCCACCGCGAAGGUCAUCUUCCGUACCUUUGGCAGGGUGCAUUAUCAAUGGUUUCACAGACUCUGUUAAUCAUGGGUGCAACGAUGUCUCCAGCCCUUUCGAUCUUACUACCCCCAACAAUUCAGGUGGACCGGAUAAUAUCCAGUGUCAUGGCGGAGGUCGGUAGAUAUGCGCAUCUUGCUCCCAGUUUGAAAUUAUCUGCAGAGAUCAUCAGAGACGCAGAAAGACGCCGGCAAAUAUGUCUCAUGUCGACAGGGCAACGGGUUUGA